AUGAGUCAACCCACAUUAAAUGCAUUGAAUAACACCCAAGGUUAUUUCAGUACAUUCAGAACUUUGGACAAAAAUCAUUUGGGAUACUUGAGUGUUGCUCAAGUCAAAGACUACUUUGAAUCACAGCAAUUACCUCAAGAUGACUUGAUUGAACUUGCCGCUCAUUCAAAUCAAGGUCAUUUGACGCCCGAACAGUUUGUAUCUGUCAUGAAUCUGUCAGAAAUGAAAAGGCACGGCGAUGUUGGCUACCACUCGUCUAAAUUUAGAUCUCUUUUACGUCACUGUGAAGAAGCCAUGGAGCUUGUUGAAAAGGAUCAAAGAGCGAACAUCCCAUCCAGUGAUAAUAAGGAUGCGCUAAUCAAAGCCUUCAAGGCACUGGAAGGUUUCAUGAAACAGUUUAUUCAAUCUCUUGAAGAUAAGCCUCAAGGUGAUAAUUGUAGCUUGAACAGAAGCAUUUCUCCCUCCACAUCUGAGAAAAUGCCGGGUAGCUUUGACUUUGACCAUGCUCCUUCUCACAACAUGACACCGUCAAUGCAAACAACGCCUGCCACUGCUCCUGUCUUUUUGAAAGAUCCAUCCUUUAAUGACAUCCCUGGAAGUCCCCAUGCUCGUCAAAACGAAAAGGAGCCUGCCUUGGGCUCCCCAUCACCAUUGCCUCAAACGAAUGAUGCUGCUGCUUUCAUGUCUGGUGGUUUAAAGCCUGUUUCCAACAGAAAUUUAAACGGAGAUGAUGCCAAACCCAACAAUGCUCAUGAAAAUGACGCAUUGCGUUCAAAUGUGUUGGAUUCGUUGAGGAAUGCUGCUAUGAAUGAUACUGAAAUCGAUGAAGAUGACAGCAAAGAGAGAGAGAUUUUUUCCGAGGAAGAGCCUCAUGAGCGCGCUGUUCCUUCUAUUCCUUCUGCUAGGGGUAUGACAAGCAAUGCCAUGGAAGAUGUCGGUGUAAACAGCUUCAAACCAAGUGCCACUACUCCCAGUUCAUUCAACAAUGUUGAUUUCAAAUCAAAGCCUCGUGGUAUGAACACGGAAGAUGCACUGGCUCCACUCGCUGCUUCUGUUGCCACUGCUUUUACUGCUACAGCCGCCGCUGCCACUGCCGCUGCCACUGCUUUAUCUGAUAACAACAAGAACGACUUCCAUCCUGUUAAUCCAACCGGUACAGCAUUAUCAAAGAGUUACGUCCCAGAGACCUUUCAGGGUGGUUUGGGUGGUGAUAGUUCUGAACCCUUCAUCAAAAAUGCCAAAGACACGGAAUUGAAGCCGGAAGAUCAACCUUCUUUUGGAGCCGAGCAAGCAAGAUUGAGCAUGCAGAAUAGCACUGACGAUGAACCUGUUGUUUACAUGGAUAGUGAUACUGCUGGCGCUUACUCUGCAUUACCCAAGUCUGUUGAAUCUAAUCAAUUUGGUAACGAAAGUAAGCCUUUUGAGCGUGAGUUUUUCCAAGGAGGCCUUGGAGGCAACGGUACGGAACCCUACAUCAAGAACGAGAAAGAUACACUCUUAAGACCUGAAGAUCAACCUUCUUUCGGUGCUGAACAAGAAAAGCUUAGAAGAUUGAGUGAACGUGAUAAUGAGAAUGAAAGCACGAAUGUCCUCAAGCAUGCUAAUGAAGGCAUCGAAUCUUCUUCUUCUCUCGGAUCAACUCUUUCCAGGAUGGGCGCUGGAGCUGCUGGUAUUGCAGGUGCUACUGCCUUGGGUCUUUCUGAGCAUCGUGAUGCUAGUGACAAGAGCAAGGGUAGAAGCAUUACCUCUGGUUCUCCCGACGAUGCCUCUGGCGAUCAUUUGACGUCUCCUCGCAACACAUACUCAUCCUCUUUGACUUCUGGUUACAAUUUGGAGGAUGCCAGCCCUUCUGAUAUAAUCUCCAACGAAGCUCUUGAUAACAUUGCUGACAAGGUGGAUGCAGAUAUUAAACACAAUUAUCUUCACGAUAAUUCUACUACCACUGAUAAGGACGGUGUCAUUUCUUCCGACGCUCUCGACAAGAUUGCUGAUAAUGUGGAUGCUGCCAUGGAAGGCAAUGCUGCGCCUGCUUCUACUUUUACAAAUGUAUCUCCUCAUGAAGACGUUCAUGUUAUAGUUGAGCAAGAUACUUCGCUUCCUCUCAAUAUUGGUAAUGAUGUCGACAUUGAAACUACAAACAAUGACAACUACAGAUCACCUUUGACUGAUAAGGCGGCUCCUCCUACUGCAGUGUCUGGUAGCAAUGAUAGCGCAACCGCCUAUCCGGGCUUGAAUAAUAACUACACUGGUAGCUCAUCGACUAUGCCCGUUAGCGAUGAUCGCACUGCUUCUAUUACAAACAUUACUGGAUCUCGUAAUCCAGUUUUGGAUGCUGUCAAUAUUCCACAUACCUCUCCGACAUCACGCUCCUUAAAUUCCAAUGAUAUAACCAAGGAUGAUUCCCUCAAAGAGUCUCCAAAAGACGAUUCUGACAGCAAAGAUGAUAAGCCUGGUUUCUUUAAAAGACUUUUCGAAAUUACGCCUGAGCCUGCUUCCAGAUCUGUUCCUGCUACUUCAGAUGAAGCUGCUUCCAAGGAUUCUACUACCUCACCUGCAGAUAGCAAAGGCUCUUUCACCGCUGGUGGUGCUCCUACUGUUGACAAAGCCAAUACUUUCAAUGCGAAUGUACCUCAAUCUGCCGUGAAUGCUACUGGUGAUUCAUCAAAACUGAAUAGCAAUACUGUUGGAGACAUGUCACCAAAUGUUUACGGUGCUGAUGCUUCUUUACCAGAAAUCAAUGCCAAUGGUUCUUCUGCUGUCUUUCCCUCUACGAAUGAGUCUAUUAGAGCCGAUCUACCGCUUGAUGAUAAGAAUAUGGAAUCAUCUGAUGCUUUCAGGAUUGACAAUGACAUAAAUUCUCCUGGUUUCAAUGCUAAUACUAACGUGGGUACCUCUGGUCUAUCGCCCUCUCUUGAAAAGUUGUCUGCUGAUAUCAAGAAUCUCUCAAAUAAUGCUUCUGAUGAAUUUGAUCGCUCUGUCAGUUCUCGUGGUGUUGAUGCUAGAUUACCUUCUCUUCAUGCUGACUUGAGUGGUCCUAAUGCUGAUAUGCCAGAUGUCGAUGCUAAGCUCGAUAGCUCCGUUAAAUCCCCUGGUGUCAAUACUAUACUUUCAUCAUUGGACACUGACAUGAAGUCUACCAAUUUUGAAAAGCCAUCUCUUGGUAGCAAGUCUACUGGCUCUGCGGAAAUUCCUGAAGGCAAUCUUCCUUCCUCGAGUGCUGGUUUUGAAGGCCCUGAUUCUGACUUUACCAACACUGAGCUCCCCAGCUUUGGCGGCGAACAUAAUAAAUCAAUCAGCACACAUGAAAUUGAUAGUGAUGUGGGCUCUCGUGGGCUUAACGCUAAUGUAGACCUUGGUGACUAUGGAUUGUCAGGUUCCCUUGAUAAAUUGUCUGCUGGUCUGAAGGAUCUCAAGAAUGAAUUCUCUGGCAAGUUCGAUGGCUCUGCUGGUUCUUCCAAGGUUUCUAGUAGCUUACCUUCUCUUGACGCUAACUUGAAGAGCCCUUCAGCGGAUCUUACAAAUGCUGAUGCUCAACUAGAUGGUUCCAUGAAAACACCUGGCAUCGAUGGUAAAUCACCCUUUUUCAGCUCUGAUAUGAAGACUCCUUUUGCUGACAUACCAAAUGUCGAUACUCCAUUCAAGACAUCUGAUGCUCCUGCUGAGAUGCCUUCUGCUGAUAGCGAUUCCAAGUCUCCAAGCUUCAAUGCUGAUGGCCCCUCGAUGGAGACUGAUGUCAAUGCUUCAGAUGUUGACUCAGCUAAUGUCAGUGGCAAGCUCGAUAGAGCCGACAGUGCGCCUGGCGUCGACGGUGAUGACUCCGAUGCUAAUGUAAAUACGGUUGGUCCUAGUUUGACUGGGGCUCUCGGAAUGCUCUCUGCUGGUCUCAAAAAUCUCAAAGAUAAUAUCUCUGCUAAAUUCGAAGGAUCUGCUGAUACACCUGAUACGGAUGAUGAACUGCCCAAUGUUGAUGCAAAAACGAGUACUGACGCUAAUUUACCUCACACUGAUCGCAAGAUGUCUGACCUGGAAACUCCAAAACUUGAUAGCCCUUCUAUUGAUGGCAAGUUGACUAGUUCCGUAGACACUCCUACUCCUGAUGGCAAGCUUCCAUCCUUGGAUGCUGGAAUUGAGAGUCCCGAUAUUGACCUUCCUAAUGUCAGUAAUAAACUGGACAGAGACAUCAGUGCCCGUGACAUCAGUGCCCGUGACAUCAAUGACGAUGUGAAAUCUCCUGGUUUUAACGCUGAUCUAAAAGCUGAUGCUUCCGGUUUAUCAGGUUCUCUCGGCAAGUUAUCUGCUGGACUGAAGGGUCUCAAGAAUGAUACUUCUGGUGAGCUAGAUGAUUCUCUCGAGUCUCCAAAUGUCAAUGGUGAAACACCUAGUCUUGACGCAAAUUUCAUGGGCCCUUCCACCAAGCUUCCGAAUGUCAGUGAUAUAUUUGAUAGCCCACUCGAGGUACCAGGUAUCGAUGGAAAACGACCUUCUCUGAGCUUUGACAGUAAGGCUCCUUCUGCUGAACUGUCUAAUAUUGAUGACAAGCUUGAUGACUCAGUCAAUGCACCUGAUUUUGAUGGUAAGCUUCCCUCUGUCAAUGGUGCAAAGUCUCCAGCCUUUGAUACCAGCCUCAAUGCUGAUCGCCCUGAUCUAGCCGGCUCUCUCGGAAAGCUUUCUCCCAGUUUCAACGAUCUCAAGAACGACAUUUCUGCUAACCUCAGUGGCGAGACUCCUAGUGCCGGUGGUGAAGUACCUUCGCUUAAUGCAAAUUUGAAUAACCCAGAAUUACCUGAUGUCAAUAAGGAACUCCCUCCUCUCAAUACUGACUCAAGUACUCCCAAUUUUGACAAAACUUCCCUUGGUGGUAAAAUGGAUGCUUCUCUGAGUUCUCCUGACAUUGGCGAUGAGCUACCUGAUAUUAACAAAGAGCUCCCUCCUUUGAGUGCUGAUAAUAAGACCCCUAAUGCUGAUUUACCUAAUGUCAACAAAGAGCUUCCUUCUUUGGAUGAUAAUGUGGAGACGCCCAAGCAAGAAACCCCCUCUCUCGAUGGCAAAUUAAGUGGCUCUUUGAACGCUCCUGAUCUAGAUCGCAAACUUCCUUCCCUGAAUACUGACAGCAGGGGUCCUAAGUUUGGCUUGCCUAAUGUUAGUGAUAUAUUUGACAGUUCAGCGGAUCUCCCUGACAUUAAUGCCAAGCUUUACUCUAUUGAAAGCGAUUUGAGUACUCCCAACGUCAAUGUGGAUGCAGAUGUAGACGCUAGCCGCCCAGGUCUCGGUAAGCUUUCUUCCAGUUUCGAGGGUCUCAAGGAUGGUAUCUCUGGUAAAUUCAAUGGCUCUGCUGAUACUCCUCAUGACAAUGGUGAACUGCCAUCUUCGGAUGCCGACUUUCCUGAUCCCAAUGGCAAGCUUCCUACCUUGGAUGUCGAUAUGAUCGGUGUCAAGUUUGGUAUGCCUUCUAUUGAUGGCAAGCUGACCAACUAUAUCGAUCCUCCUACUGCUGAUGCCAAGCUCCCAGCUUUGGAUGCUGAUAUCCAUAGUCCUAAUGUUGAUCUACCCACUGUCCAUGGUAAACUCGACAGGUCAAUCGAUGCUCCUGAGAUUGACAGUGAUACAACGCCCUCUGAGCCCAAUGCCAAUAGUGGUAUGGAUACUUCUGGCUUGUCGGGCUCUCUUGGCAAGUUAACUGCUGGACUCAAGGGUCUCAAAGAAGAUAUCUCUGGUAAACUUUAUGGUUCUACUGAGUCUCCUCAUGCUGAGGGCAAACGACCCAUACUGGAUGCCGACUGGAAUGAUUCCUCUGCGAGUCUCCCAGAUGUUGAUCGUAAACUGGAUAACUCCAUCAAAACCUCUGAUCAUGACGACAAGCUUCCUACAUUGGAUAGUGAGUUCAAGGCUCCUCAUACUGAUAUGCCAAAUAUUGAUAGCAGGUAUGAUGGCUCUUUGAAUGCAGAUUUUACAAGCUCCAAGGUCGAUCAUCCCAAUGUCAGCGGCAAGCUUGACAAAUCAAUUGAUACUCCUGAAACAGAUGCUAAGCUUCCUUCUAUUGAUGAUGAAUUAGAGUCUCCCAGGGUGGACACCGAUGCUAAUGUGAAUGCUGGACACUCUAGUCUGUCUGGUGCUCUUGGUAUAUUGUCCUCAGGCUUCAAGGAAUUGAAGGAUGAUAUUACUGGUGUAUUUGGUGGUUCUGCUGACACUCCUGAUGGUAAUGACAAACUAUCUUCUGUCAACACAGAUUACAAUAGUCCCAAGUUUGGCUUACCUAAUACUGAUUUAGGUCUUGAUGGUUCUGUUAACACUCCCGAGACUUCUGGUGAUCUCCAUUCCAAGGAUGCUGAGCUGAAUGCGCCACACUUCAAAAUUCCUGGUGAUAAUACUGACUUGAGUGCUUCUAUCAACACGCCUGAUGUGGAUGCAAAGCUACCUCAGCUUGAUACAGACAUGACAGCUCCCAAGGCAGACGUCGAUGUUCCUGACUUACACUCUCCCCACGUCGAUGCCUUCACUGAUGGCAAUACUUCUACUGUACUUGUUGCUCCUCCUCGCAAGAUUGGAUUAUCAGACUCACUUGAAAAUAUCGGUGCUGGUUUGACUACCCCCAAGACUGACGUGGAUGUACCUCAAGUAGACGCACACACUGAUGUUCCUGUUGCUCCUCCCCGUUCACCUCGUUUGUCCCUCAACAAGCAGUCUUCUGGUGCUCAUCUUGAUGACUCUACCGAGCCUGGCAACAUGGAUGUCGGUGCUCCUACUGACACAAGUUCUGGAUUCAAGGAUCCUAAUUUCAAUGUUCAUGUCAAUGGCAAACCUGCACUUGAAAGUGAUCUCUCUACUGGAUUGCAUCGCACUGCUUCAGAUCGUGGUGAUAUUUCUGCUGACAAGACAAACGAUGAGGGCUCAAGCUCUUCCUUCAGUAAGCCUAUGGAAAAGAAGAGUGGGGUUAUCAACAGUUUUAUAGGAGACGGCGAUGCUAAAAUGAGUCAAGAUGAUGAUGAUGAGGCUCGCAACAACAAUAAUAAGCCAGCCACUGGUUAUGCUCACCUUAGAACCAGAUCAAGAACGGAUAGCCCUGAAGACUUGUCUGCCAUGCUGGAUGAUAUCGUCAAGAGACGAUUCAGCGAUACUCCAUCUGAAUCCGAUAUCAAUUCUACUAAAACAAACGAAAAGGCAAACAAGAAGGAGUCUGUAUCUGGUAAAUCAAGAAAUAUGGAUGCUCCUUCUUCUAGCGUUAGUGCAUGUGUCUCUGAGCCCCAUGCUUCUCUCAAUAGCGACAGACCUCGCUCAUUUGUCUCUGAUUCUCGCUUCAAGGAACUGGAUGAGCAACAGGCCGAAGUUACUGAAUACUCCACACCUCUUGCCAGCCCAGUUAUCCCCAACACGGCACCCACGAAUCAUCCUAGUAGCGCUGCGGUUGGUGUACCUACUGUUACUUUGGACAAGAUGGAUAGUUUGGAAUCUGAUGUCAAGAAGCAAUUGGAUGACAUGUUUGUAUCUGUUGGUCAAGCGCCUCAAGUGCCUGCUCACGAGGAUGACCAGCUUCCCUCGCCUUCCAAGACUCACAGAUCUUCCGCCAGCUUGCAAUCCACAUCCUUCCAGGAUCGCUCUGCCGCAGAUGCCAUCAAGAGCGUCUAUGACCAUAUGACCUCCAAAUUGAUGACAGGUGGAUCCAAAUCAGGUAAUGACACUGAUGAGGAUCGUGUGUUGAAAGUGCGCGAUGGCUUUGAAAACUUCACCGGUUUUGGAGUCAAAUGCGUCUCGGACAACGAAGACGAAGAGAAACACACUGCUCCUUCAAGCACCUUAAAAUAA